GAGUCCUGGCUAUGCCCAUGCUUCCUACACCAGAGAUGGGAGCCAGCCACCUAAGUGUCCCCCUUCCCCUCUCCGGUCUACUUCAGUCCGCUCCAGCCCAUGCGCAUCCCCAGCCCUGUCCCCCCCACCGUAUCGCAGCCAGCACUCAGUCUCCCCAGCCCCCCAGUCAGCCUGCAUCACACCGCCUUUUCCUCUGCCUCUCCACGGCCCAGGCCUGCUGUCCUACACCAGCCACGCCAUAUUGGUUUGAAUGGAAACAGUAACAACAAUAAUAACAAUAACACCACUAAUGGAGGAUGGGUCGCAAAUCACCGGAAGCCACCGUUAGCGAGUGCCAAUAGUAUACCCCAUCCCCAUGAUCCUCUUUGGAGUGGUUCUACUCACACUCUCAACAGGGUGGCAAGGCCCUUCUCUGUCUCGGAGCCUAGCUCACGAGUGCAGUCCCCAUCCCCUUCUCCCUCCCCAUCUCCAUUCAGCAGGAUCUGCUCCCCUCCCCCAGUCCAGAAUCAUACAGGCCCCCUGAUGAACAAGCCCCCCAACCCUAGAAGCACCCGGGCAGGAGGGGCUUGCCCCUUCAAUCACCUGGGCCUCUCCCUGGAGCUCCCCAGGGCCUCCUCAGCCUGCUCCUCAGGCAUAACCUCCCCUCCGCCCAUUGGGGUUCCUGUCCAUGUCUGGGGAGUCGCCGCUCCUCAGCCGCGGAAUACCAAAUUGGCAUUUCCUUUCUCCUCCAUUGCCUCACCCACAUGGAUAGAUGUUUAUCCCCCCUCCAUUCAGAGAAGCUCCAGCACCACCUCCCCUCCCCCAUCUGGUUUCUCCCCAUGCUCUCCAACCCAUUCUCAGAACCUGCAGAGGACCAAGGGAAGCAGCCUGCCCUUCCUUAGCCUGGCUGACCGACCACCCAGUCCAGUCAGGAAUGGGAGGGGGUCUUGGGGAGAGAGCGAAGGGUGCAGGUCUGUGGGUGCGGAGCAGGAGUCUGGGUUGAUAAGCCCCCGAGGGGGAUCCUGCUCCUACAGUGGCUCCCCAUCCUGCAUCAGCCCCGGGGCCUUGUCCCCUGUCAGACUGGCCCCUGGGAAGAGCACCCACGGCGAGCAACACUUCACCAGCAUUGCCUGGCCCGACGUGCGAGAACUCCUGACCAAGUAUGACAGUGGGGACAGCCCUGACCAGAGUGCUCCAACCUCCCCUGUCUGGCCUCAGGAUGAAUGGGGUGACCCAGACCUUGGGGAGGACAGUUGCCGGAGCCACCUGAUCUGUGCCUAUGUGCCUCGGGCCUCCCCAGCCCCAGACACGGGUGCGCCCAUCCAGUACCCUCAUAGGAGUGAGCCAAAGCCAGAGGACACCUCCUCAAUGCAGGCAGCCAAAAGGACUCUAAAGACUAGCUAUGCUACCACUGUGAACCUGCAGAUUGCUGGCAGUGGACGUAUCACUUCCUUCAGCAACACCCAGGUGAGCCUGAACCAGACCUUAUCCCCCAUGGUAGACAGCCAGGGCAGACGGAGGGUCAGCAUCAGUGCCUGCAACUUUACCCUUCCCGGUCCCCAGAACUGCAAGAGGCUGUGAGGGGCUACGGCUGGGCGACCUCCUCCAAGGUGACUUAUGCCUCAGUGAAAGUCUAAAUAGGCACUUUACCCUGAAACAGUGGUGUUCAUAGGGAUCCUAUGAGAUAUAACUCCAGGUAAUAUGGUAAAGAAUUACAUUAGACUUAAUUGGACAGUAGACUGAAUCACCUGUUCUUUCAGAUGACAAUCUAACAAUGUCAGGAAUUCUGCAACCAACCCCACAUAUCACCGCCCGGCCACCUAGAUCACUGUCCAACAGGACACCGACUGAACCCACAGACAAAUUAGUUUGCCAGUGUCGUUUUUCUUCGUAUUUUUGUUGUUUGUUGUUUCAAAAUCAAUUCUGUUUAUUCUGUUCCAAAAAAAAAACGAUGUCUUGUUUAUCAAACUCCUGCGUUUGUGCUUGUGGCUGGCAUGGUAAAAAUGGUCCAUUCUUUUUUAUUUUUUUAUUUAUGAACUAGUCUUAUUUUGUCUGCAUUUCUGGCACUUAAUUGUAUGUCUUUAUUUUGCACAAUGUCCUCAGCUGUGUGCGUAGUUAAGACGUGUCUGUGAAGGUAGCUUUUAUUUCAGACCAAAUCACGAUGUUGAUGUUUUUAUGUGUUCUAACCUAUGUAGUUUUACCAGUGGUUCAUGUUGAAAAAAAUUGAUUUAUUUGGUUACACAAGAGCAGAAAAUAAGGGAAAAUAAGAGCAACAAAUUUCAGGGAAAACAAAGUGCAAGAACAGGAAUGGUGACUCGACCAACAUGCAUUUUUAUUGCUACACAACACAGUGUCUUCAGGCUACAUUGGCCCGUUUUGAUAGCAUAGGCCUAACUACUUUUUUAAGUACAGUAUUUAAAUAUCAGAUUUGAAAUUAUGUGAACUUCUGUGGUCAAAAGACUCAAAGAACAACCACUGUGUCUAUUACUGAUGUGCAUUUCAGUUAUUUGUACUCCUAUAAUAAUAAAAAAAUAUUAAAGACCC